GCCACCAUUUUCAAUCACAGCAGAAUUCAUUUUGAGAUUCAACCAAACAAAAAAUCCAAAAGAGAAGAAAAAAUUGUUGGACCUAGCUAGAAAAAUCCUUCUCAAAUGUAAGAGAAAAUUGGGUCUCAGCACAUUAGGCACCGGGGAACAUGUGCAUCUUCCUACUACAUGGAUUGAAAUAUCAUAUCUGGCUCAAUGCAAAGGACAAAUUCAAGAUGAAGCUUUAAAUGUGCUUUAUGCUUCCUUGGACCAUGCUUCCUUUUAUUAUGAUCAUCCACCUGCCUUAUUUUUUCUUGCGGAAUCAAUUUUAUAUAGACUCUGUUGUGAUGCAUUCCUAAAGCCAUACUUAUAUUCUUUGGAAAUAAAGCUGGCAAAGAUUGGCUAUUUGAUCUCCUUAAGACUUUUUAUAUAUUUCCUGUAUGGUCACCUAGAAAGUUUUAAAGAACACUUACUUAGACUUCAACCAUUUUUAUACGCACUUUCUUUCUCUGGAGAGAUAUAUUAUAUGUAUCCAAACAUUUUUUCAAAUGUGAAAGUUAUUCUGAAAACCAUGGAAAUUAUAUGUAAAAGAGAAUUACCAUCUGACUCAAUUUUUAGCAGUGUGGAAAACAAGAAUCAACAUGAGGGCACAGAUUCUCAUAUGGAACAUUUGCAAGACAAUCAGAAAAGCUAUGGAGUUAGCAAUCUGCUCUGGCAUUGUGUUGCUGUCUGGACUUGUGUUCAGAAAAAUAGUCCUCAUUUGAAUAACGUGCUUAAACAUCUCACCUUUCAUAAAACACAGCUUCAAAACAAAUGCUGGAUGGAUUCUGCACUGGCUUUGUUGGUCCUUGGGGAGGCUGCCAAAUUAAACAUGGCCUGCUUGAAAACUUUAAUGGACAUAAUGAGAGAUUUUCUUUUAACAAUUAUGUCUGUUCAGAAUCAGAAAGAAAAUGGCUCUGUUGAUUUUUCCUGGGCUUGGAUUAUUGUCUCCAUCUAUAUAACAAUUCUUACAGAAAUUUGUUUGUAUGCAGCCAUUUCUAAUUUGAGAAAAACUGCUUUUAUUGGUUUCUGUGACUGUAAAAGUUCAAAAAAAUAUAUUUUACCAUUGGACAAAUCAGAAGAACAGCUAGAUCUGAGGGAAACAAGUUUUUUAGGCCUUUUGGACUAUUUCUCUUCAAAAAUGUCAGAUAAUUGUGAUGAAGUCAUAUGGAUUGGAUACUACGACUUAGUGUACAACCUGGUGAAAAUGUCAUGGGAACUUCGAGGAGAUGAGGAACAGGAUGGACUUAGAAACGUUAUAUGGCAAACAUUACAGAAAACAAAGAAUCAUGAAAAAGAUGAGCGGAUCCAUAAUGCACUAAAUAUAGCUGAGGUAAGAUAA